AGCAAAUUUUAGUAGCAUUGCCUACGCCUUCAAAAGAAAGCAGCAACUUUUUUGGAUACUCACAUAUAUGUGCACGAUUAUUCAAUAGGGAACACCCCUGCUUAUGGCAUCGAUACUUUUACUCGCGAUUCUGGCUGUCGGCAAAGGGGAGUUGUGACGUUAUCUUUUAAUAAAGCCGCACUCUAUAAAUAAAACGCAUUUCAGGAGAAACUCGAUCUGAUAACAAACGCAGCAGAACAGGCAACUGCCACAUCAGCAAAACACGCAGCGGAGACAGCCGGCGUGUCAUUCGAAAGCAUAUUUAAAGACAGCCAGGCGCCGAUGCUGGGGCCGGUUAACCAACAAGAACCACAAGCUUAUUGACUGCUGCCCACUUCGUGCGAAAAAUGGGUGCUCUGCGUUACAUGGGCUGGAUAACCGGCUGCUCGGUGUUCACCGCAUUCAUUUCGAUCAUAUGGCAGGCAUUUUUAUCGCUGCAGGCACUCAAUAAGACCACCGUGCUCUUGACUGGUCUCCUGGCGCUUGAGGGCGGUCUUAAGAGGUCCGCGUUUGAGCCGGCACCCAAAGUGGCUGUUGGCUAUGGCGCCUGCACAGAUCUACAAGUAAAUGCUACAGAGUUUCUGGAGAACUUUUACAAAAUGCGUGUGCCCCAUGUGCGCUCCGAUUUUGCGGCAACCGAUGUGAACAACGAAAACGAGCUGCUGCAAUCGUUUGCCUAUUACUUUAAGAACGGCGCCGCAGCCGAACGCGCUAUUGCGAAUGGCACGCUCUUCAAGCAGCUGAUAAGCAAUGCCAAAGACAUGGACAAGGAGCGCAUCCAUUGGUAUAUGGGUGGCAAUGCGCCAUUGAUGGCAGUGCGCUUCGUCAUGGAGGGAGCGGAUGUGCUGUUGGGCGCGCACAUGUCCAAAAAAUUACGCCCUUUACUGCCAAAGGAGAUACGUCUGGCAGGCGAUGAAAUACCUGAUGAUGAUAUACAUCUCAUACUCGAGUACAAGGCUGGCGAUAAAUGGGGGCCAUAUGAGGCGCCACGCGCCAAUCGCUACAUACUGCACAACGACAAGAACAACCCGCAUUUAAGAUCAGUGGAGCAGCUGACGGACGCAUUAAAGCAUUAUAACCCACAGCUGCUGGUAGUCAGCGGUCUGCAAAUGAUGGACAUGUUCAAGUUUAGUCCUGGAGUGCGUGAGGCACGCUUGCGGCAGGUGCAAAUCCAGCUGACCAGCCAGCCCCAGGACACGCUCCAACAUUUCGAGCUUGCAAGCUAUGUGGAGUUGCAGCUACUGCAACAGCUCCGUCAGUUUGUGCUGCCCUAUGUAGACUCUCUGGGCAUGAACGAACAGGAGCUGUCAAAUCUACGCCAGGUGCUGGAGAACGGACGCACCACGCUAGCCACCGACUGGAAUCCACGCGUAGCUCAUACGCUGGAUCAAAUGCGACAAGUAUUUAUCAGUCUACAGGAGGACUAUUCUGCACAGCGCCAGACGGACACGCGACGUCGCAUGGUCUCUAGAAUACACGUACACACCUUGGCAUAUCAGGCCAUUCUGACCAUAGCCAAUUCGAAGUGGAAGAAUACUCGGGCUGCGGCAGCCAAGGCGGCAUUGACAGCCCAUCGUUAUGUCUGCAAAACUCAGUUUGUUAAUCCAGAAUCGGUUAUGCUAGUGUUGGACGAUAGCUUCGCAACAUCCGCCCAGGAGCAGGCACCACGUAUGCGCGUUGGCGCAGCCAAUCCCGUACCCUGCUGGAACGAGUUUAUACAAUAUGGCGAAGACCUGCAAAGAAUCGAAGUACAAAUUUGUGUAGCGCCCGUGCUAGUAUGUCGGGUAGCUAAAAAGACAGCGGGCGCUGGAGAUAAUAUAUCUGCAUCGGGACUGGUGGCUCAACUGUGAGUCGGAAAGCCUUAAGCAAUAACGAUGACAACGAUCAUGUUUGGGACCGGCAAGACUGCUUAGUAUUUACACAAAUGAAAUGCAAAAGACUCAAUUAGUGACCCUCAAAUUGAAAACCCAGACACCUCCAUCCACUUUCAAGAUACAUUCCCUGUUGAAUACUGUUUAUAUACAGCAUGUUUAGCACCUUAGUGACCUUAGAAACGCGUUACCUUCAGUACAUGGAUUACGGACGCCGGCAAAUCCUUAAGAAUUGUUGCAGUUGCGCACGUACUUCAUACAGAACGGAACAACGAUAGAGUUGGCUCAAGGCCUUAGUACUACAUAUCUAGAAGAGUUUGCAUAUAACGAAACAAACAAUUGAAAUUCAGCUGAAACACUCAAUGUUAAAAUAUCUUAGUUGAUUUCUACAUCGAAUCUCUGGUAGUUACUCAGUCACUCUUAAUUAUUUAAUGUGUUCAAAAUUAUUCCUGAGAUGCAUUAAAAUGCAAUCUAGUCUAAGUUUAUUAGUUUUUAAUUUUUCUCGGUAUUGUAUCGAACUCAACCAUUCCUACUUACAAUUUGUUUUGCGCACUUGGUUUUAAACUAAAAUGACAAUGUAUACACAUAUAUAUGAAUAAUAAAAAUUUCUGUUGAAAUCUGACUAAAAUAGUUUGAAAUUCCUGUCAUUCAUUUUCAAUCUAAGCAAUAACUUAUAAAAACUAAAACAUAUACUCUGUACAUGGGACAACAGGGUUUUAAAAUUGAGCUCUUUAAAUAUCUACUUGUUAAAGGCGCGAAUAAAUUGUAAGAUCGAAUUAGUGCGAUAUUAUUGUGUGCCAAUAUCGAUUCAUCGAUAGGUCGAUAGGCAUUUUUCGAGAAGUUUCGCUACCAUUCUCAGUCGACGUCGACGUCGCCGCUUCAAUUUUCAUUACGCUGAAAAAACGUGUCGGUUGCGGUAGAAAAAUUUAAGCGUUUAUACAUUGUUAAAAUAAGCAUAAAGCGUCUACAUAUAUAUUCUGCAAAAAUUUGCUGAAAGAAAAGA